UUUUUUGCUGGUAUAGCACUAGCAGUGAGUGCUACUUCGUGAAACCGCUGACGAUUUGAUUACAUAACACCGCAUCCCGUUCGCUACUGCUGUGCAAACUCGAUUCUUCAAAGGAGAAUACAUUUUCAUUGUGCUGCUGAUAAUAGCAAAGCCUCAGCUUUUCUAACGGACGAUCAGAUGAUGAAGCUGGUGCCUUGGAGCAUGGAGGAAGAAAAUCGAACUUGUGCAUAAUAAAUAUUGGCAUUCUGAUGUUGACUUCGUUCGAGCAAGUUAAUUUGACCUCCACUUUCUGAUGAUUUUUCCGUGGUAUUCAAAGCAACCUGAAGCAAAAUGAUUGGUCACCUGCUCCGAUUAAGACUACUUACCUUUUCACUCGUCUUUUUCAUCGCAACAUCCCUCACCUACCUCUUGCUGUCGACAACAGAGUACUUAUUUGAAAGCAGAGGUACACUAAGAAAGCGGUAUUCCCUAGAGCAGAGCGCUAACUCACACAAUCAAACAUUUCAAGAUUCGGCAAGUAACCUUGUCUACUUGGAGAAGAAAUUAACCAGCGAGUCUGGCUUAGGAGUCAACCCAAUUAUCCCACCCAAAUCAAAGUUGGAUACCCCAAAAUGCAACACCACAGUCUCUAUCCUGAUACCGGGCCUUUACGCCUUCAAGGCGUGGAGGGAGUAUCUGCCAUUCUGGCAGGAGUUUAUGCGUAGCGCUGCGAUGGUACCGGAUUCUAAAGGAGUGCGGACGCUGCAUCUUCAGUGUCCACGGCAACAGUGUGAUGUCAACAUCCGUGUCACCAUGAAUGAGACAUUCCUACAGAGCAGCGAUGCCAUCAUUCUCAAUAUGUUUCCCAACAUUCUGAAAAAUCGGCUCUUGGAUCUUCUCUCCCAUUUAAGGAAUGUUUUGCAUUCUAAACUGCACUGGUUUUUCUACGCCAUGGAAAGUCCUCAGAUGAUGACCUAUUGGGAUUCCAACAUCGGCAAGAUAUUGUACCACCAUUCUAUCCUAUACCACUCCUCUGCAGACAUCCGCCUUCCCUAUGGUGAAUACAUACCCGGGGAGCCUACACAAGUCGGGGCACAAGACUGGACUGUUAACAAAACAUCCGUCAUCGCAUGGAUGGCGAGUAACUGUAAGAACACUUUCUGGCCACGGAACGAGUUUGUUAAGGAGCUUCAGAAACACAUCCCAAUCGACAUCUAUGGUGGUUGUGGAAAGCUAACAUGCCUCCCAGCUCUAUCUGAGAAAUGUACAAAGCUCAUGGCAAGUUAUAAGUUCUAUCUUUCCCUUGAGAACACUGAAUGUGACGAGUAUAUAACGGAGAAGGUGUGGAAUAAUGGCCUCCGUCAAGGUGUGGUUCCGGUUGUUUAUGGCGGCCGGAAGGAAGCUUACGAACGCUUGUUACCUCCCAAGUCGUUCAUCCACAUCAGCGAUUUUGACUCCACUGCAAAUCUAGCAUCUUACCUCAAACUUCUAGACAAAAACAAAAGCAUGUAUAAUUUAUACCAUGCAUGGAGGCAGCAUGGAAGGGUAAAAACUGUAUACCCGCCGUUGGAUUCAAGUAUUUUUUGUGAGGUUGUGCCUUUUGUAUUGAAGCCUCCACCAGCGUUUAAAGUGGUGAAAGAUAGCGAGUAUUUCAGAGUUUGCAAGAACCUGAAGGGGACGUUUGCGGAGGAAGGUUCCUUUAAAACAUUUUCAACAUGGAAAUAGAGCUAUUUUGAACAACCUGCAAACUUGUCACCCACUGGUCUGUUCUGGAUUGAACUGGUUUAAUCCUGGUUGAACCGGUUUAAUCCUGAUUGAACCCACACAAAACUGGAUCUACCCUUACCAAAAAUGUGCAAUUCAUUUCAAUUGGAUAUGCAGUUAGAAAGAAUUGGAUUGAGUUGGUGUGAGUUGGUUUAGUAAAAAUUUAAAAAACAAACUUAAAUUCCAAUUGGAAUCAAAUCUUUUAGACAACUCUGUCCAUUCAGAAAUCCAAUUGGACUCGGUUUUCUUGAUUCAAUUGAAUUGGAAUGGGAGACUUUUCAACGCCAGGCGGCAGCAGACUUAGCGGGUAAAGUUCCAUUGUUUACGUAGUUCUAAACAUGCGCGUAAUUCUGAGAACAAUGGAUUUACUCGGUAAGUCUGCCGCCACCUAACAUCACAGAAAGUCUCCCAUACUAAUUGAAAAAUUCACCUCCAUCAUAUUUCCACUUGUAAAUUUUAUUUCCACUUCCACGCAAAAUAAAAAAAUGGAAACAAAAUUCCUCAUACUCUUCCAAUGUGUGCCAACUGGAUUAAGAAUGAGUUAGUUGCACUAUUAUGUAAAUCCCUCAAGUGGGGUGGGAUAUUAUCCUCUUAAGCCAGAGUGUGGGUUCGAAUCCCGGUCUUGACACUUGUGUCCUUGAGCAAGAUACUUUACUAUAAUUGCU